CGGUUGGCUCUCCUCUCGCGUCUGUUCGUGGCCACCACCCAGGAAGUGGCCUCUGGCCUUGCCCUCCCCUUCUCCUUCCUAGCCUUCCUUUUCCCCCGGCUGGACCCAUCCCGAGCCGGCCAUCGGCCUUGGAAAGGCGGCCCCUUCUAUCCUUCCAUCCAUCCAUCCAUCCUUGCGCGCCGUGCGCCCUGGGCGCAUUUGGAGAGGUCCUGCCUGUCGCCAGACACUUCCUGCAACCACGAUGCUGAGCCACUGGCCAGGAGACAUUUCUCUCGGCGGAGCUCCAUCUUCGUAGCUCCUUCUACCUACCGUUGGGAAUGAUGUCUCAGGACGGUGGGGCCCGGCCCAAGGUGAAGCCAGACGGAGGCUCUGGUAACCGUUCCGGUGGCCGCUGGAAGGCCAGGACGAGCCAGAGCCUGUUGUCGCUGGAGGCAGAGCCAGCGGCCGAUGGUCAGAUGGACCCUGAACCCAGCAGAGGGGUGGCCCGCUCCUUGCGGCAGAAACUCCAGGCGGCCGUGGGCCAGUGCUUCCCUCUCAAGAGUGCCCCUCGUUCCCCAGACCUGUCGUCCCAGCGCAAGAUCCAUUUGAGGGAGCUGAUGCUGGACACGUGCCCUUUCCCACCCGGAUCGGAGUUGGCUCGCACUUGGAAUCUCAUCAAGCAGCACACGGCGCCCGUUUCCGAGCAAGAAGUGCUGACGCCGGUGCUGCCUCCGACGGCGGAGGACGAAGACGACCGCUUGCGCGAACGGCGGCGCAUCAGCAUCGAGCAGGGCGUAGAGCCGCCUCCGGACGCUUUGAUCCACACCUUCGAGGUGACCGCUCAGAUCAAUCCGCUCUAUAAGCUUGGCCCCAAAUUGGCGCACGGGAUGAACGAGUUGGUUGGCGCCAGCCGGGUUACGUUGGCCGCUGCCGACGAAGAGGAGGAGGAAGAGGAAGAGGAAGAGGAAGCCGGAUCUUCCACAAUGGCAGACAUCAAGGACGGCUACCGGGUCCAUACCCAAAUCGACUACAUCCACUGCCUUGUUCCUGAUUUGCUUCAACUGACGCAGCUGCCUUGCUACUGGGGAGUGAUGGACCGCUACGAGGCUGAGGCCCUUCUCGACGGCAAGCCGGAGGGCACCUUCCUCCUCCGAGACUCGGCCCAAGAGGACUACCUCUUCUCGGUCAGCUUCCGGCGCUACGGCCGCUCCCUCCACGCCCGUAUCGAGCAGUGGAACCACAACUUCAGCUUCGACGUCCAUGACCCCAGCGUCUUCCACGCUCCCACCGUCACCGGCCUCCUGGAGCACUACAAGGACCCCAGUGUCUGCAUGUUCUUCGAGCCGCUCCUCUCCAUCCCAGUGAAUCGCACUUUCCCUUUUGGCCUGCAGCAUCUCUGUCGGGCUGUGGUCACCUGCUGCACCACCUACGACGGCAUCGGGCGCCUGCCCAUCCCCAGCGCCUUGAAGGAGUACCUCAAGGAGUAUCACUACAAGCAGCGGGUCAGGGUCCGGCGCCUGGACGCUUGGUGGAGUUGAUGGGGGAAGAAGCCCUUGGAGACCCCCAUUGGACACUGGUCCACAGCCACCCCUUCCCUAGUCUUUGCUGUUGACUUCCAUGAAACUCGUGGCCCCGUCUAAGCGCCUUCCCAGUUGGGUCAUCAUCCGAGACCUCCAUCAGCCAUUGCUCCACAGCCAACCUUUCUUGGUCUUCACUGUUGACUUCCAUGAGAUUUGGGUUGGCAUCCUUUCGUCCAUCCAUGGACACAGCUAUCCUCCCAACUCAUCAUCUUGGGAUAACUUGUGGCCCUGUCUAAGCACCUUCCUAGUUGGGUCAUCAUCCAAGACCUCCAUCAGUCAUUGCUCCACAGCCAACUUUUUUUGGUCUUCACUGUUGACUUCCAUGAGAUAUAGGUUGGCAUCCUUUCUUCCAUCCAUAGACAUAGCUAUCCUCCCAACACAUCAUCCUGGGAUAACUCAUGGCCCUGUCUAAGCGCCAUCCUAGUUAGGUCAUCAUCUGAGACCUCCAUCAGUCAUUGCUCCACAACCAACCUUUCUUGGUCUUCACUGUUGACUUCCAUGAGAUUUCAGUUGGUAUCCUUUUGUCCAUCCAUGGUCACAGCUAUCCUCCCAACACCUCAUCUUGGGUUAACUCAUGGCCCUGUCUAAGCGCCUUCCCAGUUGGAUCAUCAUCCGAGACCUCCAUCAGGCAUUGCUCCGCAGCCAACCUUUCUUGGUCUUCAUUGUCGACUUCCAUGAGAUUUCAGUUGGUAUCCUUUCGUCCAUCCAUGGACACAGCUAUCCUCUCAACACAUCAUCUUGGGAUAACUCAUGGCCCUGUCUAGGCGCCUUCCCAGUUGGGUCAUCAUCCAAGACCUCCAUCAGCUAUUGCUCCACAGCCAACCUUUCUUGGUCUUCACUGUUGACUUCCAUGAGAUUUGGGUUGGUGUCCUUUCAUCCAUCCAUGGACACAGCUAUCCUCCCAACACAUCAUCCCAGUGCAGAACCCACUGCCACGUGGCUCUUAAUCUUGUCUAAGCGCCUUCCCAAUUGAGUCAUCAUCCGAGACCUCCAUCAGGAACUGGUUCCCAGCCCUUUCUAUCUUGUUCUUCUCCACUGACUUCGAUGAGAUUUGUGGCCCUGUCUAAGCGCCUUCCCAAUUGGGUUGCCAUCCUUUCAUCCAUCCAUGGACACAGCUAUCCUCUUUCUGCGUCAUCUUGUGGCGUGGACACCUGGCUCUUGAUCCUAUGGACACCUGGCUCUUGAUCCUAAGCACCUUUCCAACUGGGUCGUCAUCCUUUCAUCAAAUCCCUGAUGCCGAACGUAGAUAUGGACCUGCCUUCCACAUCAUCUUUACAUCAUCGUGGUGCAGAACCCAUUGCAAUGUGGCUCUUCAUCCUGUCUAAGCGCCUUCUCACUUGGGUCGCCAUAUUUUUUGUCCCUCCAUGAACGUAGGUGUCCUCCAACAUCAUCAUGUGGCAUCUCAAUGCUCUUCAUCCAUGGAUUUAUGGAGAACAAGAAGUAUUCGCCAUAUUUUUGUCCCUCCAUGGAUGUAGGUGUCCUCCAACAUCAUCAUGUGGUACCUCAAUGCUCUUCAUCCAUGGAUUUAUGGAGAACAAGAAGUAUUCGCRGUAUUUUUGUCCCUCCAUG